ACUCAGAACUCUCGGGCUUCUCUGGUGGAUGUCAGAACCGGACAGAUGUUGUAUCCACUAUCAGAGAUGCAGAGGAGAGCAGCGCCAUCAAAAUGGGAAGUAGGACAGGCCACUUCAGGACAAGAGCAGAACCACAAACAAGCUCCUGUUGAGCUCCGCAGGCAGGGAACAGAACCAUCCCGACGUUUCCUGAUGGAUCUUAACACUGGCAUGCUCAAGGAGAACGUUGGAGAAAUGAACAGAAGAGUCGCCGGCUAUUACAACCCUUCGGCGAAUGAGGUGAGACAGGGAACUCAGAACUCUCGGGCCUCUCUGGUGGACGUCAGAACCGGACAGAUGCUGUAUCCACUAUCAGAGAUGCAGAGGAGCGCGGUGGCUCAUGAGGGCUCCAUUGAGCUGCACAAACAAGAAAAAGAACCUUCUAGAAACCUGAUGGACUUGAACGCCGGUCAGCUCAAAGAACACAGAAAUAAAAUGGACAGUAAAGCAACAGGUUAUAAAUGGGAAGUGGUUUCUGGUCCUGAUCAAAGACCAGACACUUCUAAACACGAGGAGACCCACAACUCAGAUGCUGUGGAGUUCUACAGGCAGGGAACAGAACCAUCCCGGCGUUUCCUGAUGGAUCUGAACACCGGCAUGCUCAAGGAGAACGUUGGAGAAAUGAACAGAAGAGUCGCCGGCUGUAAGUCUGAAGUGUGUUUUCCCUUAAACAAUCCACCAAGAAGAUGUUGUGCAACUUUAACUGCGUUUCUUUCUCUCACAGAUUACAAUCCGUCAGCGCAUGAGGUGAGACAGGGAACUCAGAACUCUCGGGCUUCUAUUGUGGAUCUCAGAACCGGUCAGCUGCUGUAUACACUAUCAGAGAUGCAGAGGAGAGCAGACCCAUAUACGGUGAAGUCCGGCCCUGCGCUUGAGGAAAAGAAAAGUCAGCACAUUUCAGGACAUGACAACCACAAACCAGAUCCUUUUGAGCUCCACAGGCAGGGAACAGAACCAUCCAGACGUUUCCUGAUGGAUCUGAACACCGGGAUGCUCAAGGAGAACGUUGGAGAAAUGAACAGAAGAGUCGCCGGCUUUUACAAUCCGUCAGCGCAUGAGGUGAGACAGGGAACUCAGAACUCUCGGGCUUCUCUGGUGGAUGUCAGAACCGGUCAGCUGCUGUAUAAACUGUCAGAGAUGCAGAGGAGAGCAGACCCAUUGAAGGAGUCCAUCCUGAAAGGAGCUGGAGAGGCUGGAGCUGUCUGCCAGGGUGAGAUCAUUCAAGGGAGAUGCUACAGUUUUAUCCCAACUCCACAGACAUUCAAUGAAGCUGAGGGGUCCUGUAAAACAUUAUCUCCGGAAGGACACUUGGCGUCAGUGGCGAACGCAGAUGUACAUAAACAGCUUGUGGCGAUGGUGACCAAAGCAAAGAAUCAUCCCGUUUUGACGUGGCUUGGAGGAAUUGAGAAGGAAAACCGGUUCCACUGGAUAGAUGGUUCUUCUUGGGGAUACAGCGACUGGAUGCCUGGUCACCCGCAGAAACACAAGCUGUCCUGCCUUGAGAUGUUCAGAUUUGAUGAGAGCUGGUGGACAUCAGUUGACUGCGGUCAAAGGAGAGCGUUCAUCUGUUCUCACCCAAUGACUGCAUUGAGGAGCUCAUGAUCUGCUGGACAUCAAAAGCUUUUCAUUGAUUUUAACAUUAUUAAUCUUUCUAGUAAUGGAAGCUUCUAAACCGUACAGAUAAUUAUUAAAGUUUAACAUAAGAAACAUAGUAUAUGAAAUUCUCUCUCGCAUGAAA